AAAAGGGAAGGGGGUGGAGAUGGGGCUAAAUGGCAGAAAAGCCUCCUCUUUAGAACAAGAUAUACAGGGCUCCCCGAAAGAGCAUGUCUGCUCUUCUGUGAAAAAAGCAGAAGAGCAAAUGCAGUCCCUGGACACAGCGGGGUUUUUUCCAGGAGACUUCUGGUUUCCCCAAAACCCUGUAGUCUAGACAUACCCUUUAUUUCUCUGCUUCAUUUUCUCAACUCUGCCCAGAGCAUAAUUUCCCUAUCUCCCCCAAAUUCAAACCUUGGGGAUUGUUUUUUUUUUAUAAACCCCACUGCUAGGAUGGGGAAGGUCUGUGGAUUUGGGGCCUUUCCCCCAAAUACCUGCCUUUUUCUUCUAGUGCAGAGUGAGUGAGCAGCUGAAGUUGGGGUUCCCCUCAUGUCUGGACUCCCCGUUGGAGGUUUUGUGUGUUUAUUAUUGUCAGUGCCUGUGGGGGUUUGUGUUGUUUGCCUUUUACCCCCCAUGGCUCCUGAUCAUGAUGCUUGUACAAUAUGGAGUUGAGUAUUCAAAAUGGCGUUUACCACAGGACUCCAUUUUGUUCUGAAAAAUUAGAGCAUCAGAGGCAAGGCGUGAAAAGCUGGUUCAAGCCAGUUGAGCUGCCUUAUAACUGACGUCACCUCAGAAAUCCCCCACCACUCGCUCUAUAUGAGGGUGACCUCACCACAUUUCUGUGAUUAGACCGUUUGCCUCCUCAUCCUUGGUGCACCACACUGAAAAGGGGAAAUGGGACAUCUGCUUCCUCAGGUGAUAGAUCGUGUCACAGGUCAGGAACCUGAUACCUGUAGACAGGGAACAGAAAAAUAUUUGGCUUAUUUGAUCUGUUGGAAUUUCUCCUUGUAUACACUCCUCAUGACAUGUGACUGAGGGGAUUGGGGGCAGUCACAGUGGCAAACACACCCUGAAUGUGCUGUUGGAGGAAAGGAGGCUGCCCCUCAUCCCUGUGUCUGUGCCUGUAUCUGAAGCCGAGCCCCUUGAACUUGAGACACCAAGGAACACGUGGGAGCAGUGACCCAGGCCCUGGAGGAUGCAGUGAGCAGGCGCAGCGGUAGUGAGACAAGGUCAGCUCCCAGACUAAUGAGCUAAGCGACGCAAGAUAUGGGAUGAACAUGGACAGCCCUUGGUGGAUAAGGAACAGAUGCUUAAGAGAGAAGAAAACAGAGAAGGAAGGAAUGCAGAGAUUGGAGUACAACAACAGUGCAAUUAAAUCAGAGUAGACGUGGCUAAUCUCCAACAGUGAUGAGAGUCUUCUCCAGCCCCCUGGGAUUGGGCAGGCCCCGUUUCUCCAGCACGAAGGUGAUGACGGGCGCAGACAUAAGGAGGAGCAGGACCAGGCUGCAGCGGGUGGCCCAGAUGGUGAGGGACAUGGCCGGCCCUGCAACAUGGAAAAGGACUUGGAGAAAUUCCCAGAGCUCCCCCUGGACACCUCAUGGACAUAGUUGUAGAUGGCCUUCCUCGCCAGGGCCUGCUGGCUUGAGAUCUCCUCCCCAUCCUGACAGAAGAUGAUGCGGGUGGCCAGAGCCUUAGAGAUAACGGAGCACUGGAGCAGCAUGGAGCCCCCCUCCUGAGUGGACGUCAGACUCAGGUCCCUGCCUGGGAAGUUCCUAUGGCAACGCGGUGGUGGCUCUGUGUGUGUAGCCUGGGGAUCCUCCUCCUGGUUCCAUGUGCUCUUUCUGAGAUAUUCUCCCUGGCUGACUCCUCACACCCCGUGGUGGGAGUAUUUGGCCGGGAUGUGGUGUUACCCUGUCAGCUCUCACCUCCGGCCCGUGUGCCAAACAUGGACGUGCUGUGGAAGAAAAUUGACACAGGAUUAACAUCAGUUCAUGACUACUUGGAUGAGGGUCACAAGGACCAGCCGGGGCAGGGUUACCAGACCCGGACAGAGCUGUUUUUGCAGGAAUUCAGCAGGGGGAACGUCUCCCUGAAGCUGAAACAGCUCCGAGUGGCAGAUGCUGGGAAAUACCAGUGUCUUGUGAGGAACCCAGACUGGACCCAGGAAGCCAUCACUGAGCUACAGGUUGCAGCUGUGGCUCCAGUGUUCAUUGAUGUGCUGGGCCCUCGGGACCAGGGGAUUGGACUGGCCUGUCGAUCUUCAGGCUGGUUCCCCAAACCCGAACUCCAGUGGGUUGGGAAGAAUCAGCAGAAACUAGAAAUGGAGAUUAAGACCAAUGUGACUCAGGAAAGGGAGAGCCUGUACGGUGUUGUGAGUCACGUCACUGUCACUGAAAGGGAAAACAGUGGAGACAUCAUCUGCAUAGUGAGGCAUGGCCUGAUGGAAACCCAGCAACAAUCGGCCAUUUGCCUCUCCGGUGACGUCUUCCCCCGAGAGUCUCCCUGGCUGGCUGCAUUCUGGGUAUUGUUCACUCUGGUUCUCAUUGCUGCUGGAGCUUGUGCAUAUCGUGAAUAUAGAGUGAAGCGAAAAAAGAAGCCUGCUAAAAAAGAGGCUCUGCUCCUUCUUGAGUCUGGGAAGAAGACCUUGGAAGCAGAAUUCCAGGAGCUGCUUCAGGUUCAGGAGGCUGAGAGGAAGGCCUUUGACUCAGAACGCCAGGAGCUGCAAGAGAAGUUUGAGACCCUUGAUAAAGAGAAGAAGGACCUGGAUUUAGAGUACCAGAAGCUGCGUGAGAUACUUGGUAAGUUCAUCCACCUCCCCAGUAGAGCAUCCAAGCCGAAGCUCCCAGCCCCAGGGUGCUGAGCAGAUCCAGCAGCCCCUACACCACAGGG